UUUUGAAUUUGCAUCGUCUUUCAAAUUUGAAUACCGAUCAUAGGUUAAAUUUAUUCAUAAAAUACUUUUGCAUAUAAAAAUCUGCUAACUGACUAAUAUUUAAAUAAUUAUGUCUAAAGUUUCAUUAAAUAUUAUUGCUGCGGCGUGUCAAAACAUGGGUAUCGGUGCUAAUGGAACACUGCCUUGGAGAUUAAAAAAAGAAAUGGUUUAUUUCUACUCAAUGACUACCAAAGUGAAGGACUCAACAAAGAUUAACGCAGUUAUAAUGGGACGAAAGACUUGGGAUUCUAUACCGGGAAAGUAUCGUCCGUUGAACAAUAGAGUCAAUAUUGUUUUAACUCGACAAGUGGAUACUGUUAAGAAAGAAGCACCGAAUGAUGUAGUAGUUCUGCCGGGGCUGGAUGAAGCUAUCAGCUAUAUAAACGGUCGGGAAGAUAUUGAAUCAACAUGGGUUAUAGGAGGAUCGUUUGUAUACAAAGCGGCCAUGGAACAUGAAAACUGUGAUAAAAUAUACUUAACAGAAAUCCAAAAAACUUUCAAAUGUGAUACUUUUUUCCCCAACAUCGAUGAACAGAUGUUCCAAUUGGUUGAUGAAGAGGGGAUACAAAAGGAGAGACAAACAGAGGGCGAUAUUGAUUACUAUUUCAGAGUUUAUAAACGAAAGGCCUCAGAGGAAGUCUGCUAGAUUUGUGUAGCCUGGGUUAUGUAUUUAGAUGCUAGAUUUAAUGACCGGCGAAUUUCGUAAAACCGAUCACAUCCGACUUUAUCAAUCUUUAUUUAUUUCUUAUGCGAAAAUGAUCUUUACGCAAACGUAAUAAUUUGGUCCUUACAUAAUUUUAAGGCACAAUUAAUUACACAAUUGACGUUUUGAACGGGAGGAAUAUAAAGUUUUUUUUUUUUGUAAAAUAUAAUUAAUUUUCAGAAGACUUUGGCAUCUCAUAGGUAGUUUAGUGAUCCCUUUACUAAAAUAACCAUGCGGGCGAGAAUCAAUAAACUCUUUGAAGGCAAUUUGGACUGCCGCAUCUGAGUUUAUUUUUUUUUUCCUUGAAAAAUGGUAAUCUGUUGGAGCAAGGUCCGGGGAGGUCGGUGGAUGUCGCAGAUAUUCCAAUUGUAGCUCAUCUAACUUAGCGGUGAGUGGUGUGUGGUCUUGCGUUGUCGUAAAGCAGCAGUGGCCUAGAGCGAUUGACCAAUCUCGGUUGUUUAGCAGCUUAGCUUAGCUUAGAGGAAGAACUCUUCCUUCAUGGUUUGCAGUUGCUCACAAUACAACACAAGACAAAAGCCAUUCUAUUGAAGUUGUCAACAAAAAGCAAAAAAUAACACGCUUGAUCCAAAGAAACCUGUUCCAUCGGCCCACAAAGGUUCGCAUGAACAAUUUCAAACACAUUUUCACAUCUUUUGCCUUUGCCUUGCCUGCUUACCUCCAUAGCAUGUGACGAGAAGGUUAUUUAAGGGGGAGCAUAUUCCACCACGCAACUCCAAUGUGCAUUGAUGGAUUUAUAUGAGGUAGAAUUUCGUUGAAAUUACACACAUACGAUGCAAAUGAAUUAUAAACACAAAUUAAGCACAUUAAUUCAGUGGUGCUUGCCUGGGUUUGAACCAGCAAUCAUCCGUUAAGAUGUACGCGUUCUAACCAUUGGCAUAAACUUGCAAGUGAUGUAAAUUAGAAAAAGAACCACAUUUUGAUAUACUAUGAGGUCAUUGACCUAUGUUAGUCGUUAUGUAGGGUCGGCAAAACAAAUUUUAUAAUAGUGUCUUAAAAUUUAUAUAUAUUAACGAAAAAAUGAAUUUAAUUUUUAACUGUUUAUUGUAAGCGCCGAUGUUAAUUUCCGGCAAAAAAAGAAAUAUAAUUCUUUAGUUAAAUAUUUCAUAAUUAUGCUAAAUAUUUUUAUAUAAACGGUAGUUUUUAAGUGUAUCUCAGUGAAUGUUCUGUUCUUAUUUGUCUCAGUUAAUAUGUUUGGUAUACUCAUGAAUUUAAUAGGAACUUGUUUUCUCAUCCAAUGUCAAUUAAAUUAUCUGUGAUGUGCAUAUAACGCAGUGGUGACAUAGGUAGUUUUAUAUAUUGAAUAUCAUGGCUACGAUAUAUCUGGUGAUAAUAAACCAAGCGCUGGCUGAUGGGAUUCUAUGGCAAAGUAAUACUUGUGCUAUAACACAUUUGAGUGUAGUAAGACAUUGCAAGAACUAACAACAGUUACAAAGGAAUCUGAAUUCCAUAUCAUAAUAUUUCGACACAAACGUCAUCAGCUAUCGAUGCUAGUAGCUUUCUGGUAGAGCAAAGUACCAUACAAACUGGCAACAUAGACAGCCUAGACGAAGUUACAUGUAUUACCCUGUACAAGAUAGUGCUUGAUCUUUUUGACAGAUGUAAAUUUUUCUGAUCGACAUAAUUCUGCAAUGGCGAACAUGUUAUUUUCUUAAUUUAAUGA